AUGCUCCAAACAAAAGGACGGAACUUAGACGCCGGAAAGAAACGCCAUGGAUUGCUGCUCAACGGCGAGAAUUUGCCCGAGACAUACGCGGAAAUUCGCAAGGGAGUGAAUCGUUCUUCGGUCGCCGAUUUUGCCAUCUACGCAGAUCCUGCGGGGUCUUCAGAGCAUUCUGGCGCAUACGGUAGGGCAAGCCCCAGGAAGUCAAUGGCGCCAGAACCGCUCCAGGCACGGUCUCCCAAUGUCAGCAUCAUCCAUGAAACGUCCAAAGCCAACGCAGCGACUAAGAACAAACACAGAUUAUCCAUCACUUCUUUGGCGUCUACCACGUCUACUAGAUCGUCGAGCAGCUUCAAGUCCCUGGCACAGAAGGUGGCCAAUAGGAUCUCCACAGCAGGCGAAGACGUCCAAAGCAAACGCCGGGGCAAUACCAGAGGGUCUCUGGAGUCACCAGGUGUUCCUGAGGAAACUACCAAGGCUUCGACCAAAUCUACAACUCCCAUAGCAUCCUCUGAGAAAAGACAUCUCAAACCUAUGGACUUUGGCGAUUCGCCAUCACCUGCCAAACCGAGAAGAAAAGCUUCACGGACCGAACUGGACUCAUCACAGGAACCGUCGCGUCGUCACAGUGGUUUGUCGCGUAUCAAAGAGUCGCUAUCGAUCCGUUCUAGCAUGUUCAAACUGAGAUCUGCUUCUGGAAUGGCCUCUACAGCAGAAGAUAACGAGUCGAUUUCGUCAAGUUCAUCCUCCUCAAGGUUACACAUUCCAAAGUCAAUUUCUAUGAGAAAAUCUCUUCUUUCUCUGAGCUCUGCGAAGGCCUCUACUGAAUCCUCAAGCUCCUCUCCAACAACUCCAAGAUUGGAAAAGACGAUGAUCUCACGGCCUGUUCCCCAACAGGCUUCCAAGGAUAAGCUCAUGAACAAACUUCGCAAUUCCUCCUCGUUACUUUCCAUUUCUUCCUACAUUCCAGGAGAAGGUUCGCAGGAAAUUGUCUCGGUUCCAGUCUCCAAGUUGGAGCAUUUACAGUCCAAUCUGCUUCUGAGACUGUGCUCUCAGAAAGAGACUAUGCCGUUCGUGGACUUUUACAAAUCCAAGGUCAAUCCUAAAACAUUUUACGAAAAACUAGCCGAGGCAGGUUACAGCGAGGUUUACGUGGAAAAGUCUCGAAAAACCCGCAAACCGUUGAAUGUGUGGAAGAUAAUUCCAUUUGGCCAGGAAGAGUUCGAACAACCACCAAUCCAGGACCUAAUCCAGGAACUUUCCAUUACCAUGUCGGUUUCACCACUUUUUGGAUAUGUCACUUUAAAAGCUGCCAAAGUUGUCAAUGGCAAGUUUCCGGGUAAAUUGAUCUCUUUAUGGGACAAAUAUGCCGAGAAACAUGGUACUGUCAGUCAGAGACCUGACACUUAUCCCGACUCCCAGAGAUAUCUGGUGAUAGUUCAGGAAUAUGGUGGUGAGAGUCUUGAAAACUAUCGCGUGAGGUCUUGGAGGCAGGCCUCUGAAAUCUUCUGGGAAGUUGCCAAAGCUCUCAAAGAAGCCGAGGACAAGUUUGAUUUUGAGCAUCGUGAUCUGCAUUUGGGGAAUAUCCUGGUGAAAAAGAGAAAGAACUACUCAACCGUCGAGGAAUUUGCUCAGCUAUCUCUCGAUCCCCAGAGUAAACAGUCUGAUAUUCAGGUUUCGUUGAUCGACUAUACUCUUUCCAGGGCCAAAAUUUCAGGAAGAAUAGUCUUCACUGGACUUGACAGUCCCAGCUUCUUUAAAGGUACCAAGGACUAUCAAUUUGAUGUCUACCGAUUCAUGAGACAACACGUUUCCAAAGCGGCCUCGGCCUCGACUUCCCUUGCUGCAUCAUCAUCCCCACUGACCAAUACCCCACAAAAUAACGUCACGCUUCAUGGACUGCGUCAUUCCCAAUCAAACAGGUCGCUAGCUACUGUUUCCGACAACUCGGAUGACACCAUCAAUUGGUCUGCCAAAUGUCCCACAACAAAUAUUCUAUGGCUCCAUUAUGUUGCUGACAAGCUUAUCAACGCAAAAGACUUGGAACCAGUCAACCAUAUCCGCAAGAAGCUUUGCUCCUCGAGCGUGGGAAUUGAAGCUGCCGAAGACUGCGACCUGGACCUCAAUUCUGAGGAAAUCGAAGCCUACCAGUCCAUGAUUUAUAUCCACAAAUGUCUUGAUCCACGUAAAAAACGGUUUGGAAAAUCUUCCAAGCCAAUAUUCAAAGGAGGAGCUGUUGCCAGAGGGUCCAUGCCUCACAUCAUGGUCAGUUUUAGUGAUUUUGACAAUAUGUCUGAUGUGCUAAAUUGGGGGAAAGCCACGGGACUUUACUAA